CUAGAUUCUUACAAAGUAUGAAAACCUUUUUUUGAUUAUGAACAAUAGCCAUAAAAUCAAACGAAGAAACAAAUAAAAUUCAAAUACAUUUUCGAAUCUAUAACACCGAGCUGUCAUCUCAAUCAGAAUAUUUUUGCAAUUCAACAUCUGCGUAAUAAAAUAGUACCAAUAAAUACUUAGAAAUAGGAAAGAAAGGACAAAAUAGUGUACCUAUAAUGCCAGAACAAGUGGUGAAGGUGCCUCGGAGUGCGUCCCCGGUGGCCAGGGCAGGAGCUGGUGACAUCUCUGAGCGAGAACUGUCGAGAGAAAGACACAAUCUGCAGUUGCAGACCACUCCGCCUGCUCGCGUGCAACCAGCUCAUCCGAAGAAGCAGCUGUUCUCAGCUCCCGUGAACAAGUUUACAGCCAAAUGGUGCGGCCCCAGUCCCAACCUGGAAAGGAUCCGAAGCUGUCUGGAUGCCUACGCCAACCAGGAGACUCCUACAAGGUCUGUCGCCAAGACUAAGGCGGCUUCCAUGGAAGAUCUGACGCCUACUAAACGGAUUCGCAUUGACAGGAGGAACUUACUGCCGGUGCUUGCGUCUCCGAGUGUGCAUGGCCCUGCUGAGGAGGCGGCAGCCGCCAAGAUCUGCCAGUUCAUGCUGGUGGCUGCUUGGAGGCGGCGGCGUGAGGACGUUAGGUGUCUUCGCAAGACUUUGGAAACACAGGUGUCAUAUUCGGAACGGCUGCGGAUUCAGAUUUCUGCUCUGAAGUCCCUGCUAGAUUCUGACAACUCAAAAGUGAGGUUGGCGAUGCGAGAGCUUGAACGACUGAAGCAGCUGCUCAGGGACAAGGAGUUAGAAAAGGCUGUACUGGAACGAGAAAAAUUGGCUUUGGAAGAUGAUGUAUGUGCUGCUGAAGACCGCGCUUCUGAAAUGAGUAUUGGGUGGCGUAACUGCCGCAAUGAGUUGGACGGCGUGCGCGCGGCCGCGGCCGUCAGCGAGCACGCGCUCGCACUGGAGCGCGCCGCGCACUCCGACACGCUCGCCUCCAGAGAUGAUGCUUAUGAUAGGUUGGCGAUACUAGAGGAGGACCUGGCGCAACACGAGGAGUUGCUGUCGUCAGCAGAGGCCGAGGUGGCCGCGCUGCGCCGGGAGACUGAAGAGAAGCAGAGACUCCUCGAUGUCACGAUCGAGAAGCUCGCGUAUGAGGAGGAGGCUAGGUCGCAAUGUUCCCGCGAGUGCGCGGAGCUGACGGCGCGCGUGGGUGCGGCGGCGGACGAGACGGGCGCGCUGCGCGGCGACCUCGCCGCCCUGCGCGGCGACCUCGCGCGUCUGCAGCACGACCUCGCCGUCACCAAGGAGCAGCUCGACUGGUGGCCACGACCACUCACCAAGAUGCUGGGUGCAGCACGGUCAUGGUUUCGCAACCCCAAGGCUGUGCCAGAAGCCAUAAUAUGGACGCUCAUACCAGCACGACAUGGCAUACCAUAGCCACAAGAGACAUAAACGGAAUAUAAACGUUAACACCUUCGACAUAAGACUGAUUAUACUCUAUCAUAUUUAUAACAUUCUUCUUAAGUGCUAGCAGCCAAUAGUCGAAUAGAAUACAGAAGUCAAUGUAUUAGAACUGACAUUAGCUUACGUCACUCGCUGUCAAUUUGUUACAUUGACAUUAUUCUAUUUUGAACGUUUGGUUACGAGCAUCGAUCGAGUUAUUGUUAACAUUUACAAGGUAAGUUUGGUAAGUCAAUUUACUUUUCUAUAAGGAUGUAAGAUGUCCAAGUUUUAAAUUUAGAUUAAUUUAAUUAUAAUAAUGUUGUUGGCU